AUGGUUUAUUCAACAAAGAAAAGAGAUCGAAAGUUGAUCAAGUCGUUUGCAGAAUUCUUCUCUUCAUGUUUAUCGAGGGGCAUGCUGGACCACUUAUUGCUAGAGAAAUACUUGGUGAAAUAUUUGACUACUACAAAAGAAAAAUUGUUAGUUUUGUGGAUUUUAUAUAUGAUAGCUAGUUUGUUCAAUAUAUAAUUUUCUGACUUAGUUGUACUUAUAAGUUUACGUUUUAUUCCUGUUAUAACUGGGCCUUUUGUGCAGCGAGAUUUAUUUUCUGGGAGCCAAGCUUUAUUAU